AUGGAUAGUUUCCUACGAGGGGUAUAUGAAAGUAAUCACACAUUAAAUACAGUCAUAAACGAAGACAGUGAGUUCCAAGAAAGAAAUGAGGGAAAAAAUGACGAAAAUGAGAACAGCCCUCAUUUGUCUUUAGAAAUAGAAGAGAAUUCGCAAAACAUACAAGGAGGAAAUAGAUCUCGUCCAAGUGAAAAUAAAUCUUCUCAAGAUUGUGGUAAAAAAAGACAACUAAGUGACUAUUUGCCUCCAGAAAUCAGAGCAGCAUGA